AUUGCACCCGAAGAUGGUGGCGCUAAGUAAAGGGCCCAAAACACUGUUGAGUUGAGCUAGAACUCGAUCGACCGACUAGUACCGCCGAUGUUGAUAGGCAAAUAUCGCGUUCCUCGGUGAUGCUUGUUUAGAUUUGUCAUGCGCAACGACCACAGAGUAACGCAGUCUUGCCAUGAUAAUGAUGCUUGGGCUUUACAGACCGGUGGUUGCUUAGCUGUUAAGAUCGUUUUGGCGCUCUUUGCCUACACUAGGCCACGUUCGAGUAUGACGGUGUUAGGGGGAUUAGCAAAAAGAAGUCGAUUAUGCGUUAUUCGAGGAGCAAUGAAACAGUUCUCCUCAUAAUAGAGAAUCACUGUAGAUAUCGAAAACUUAACUCUAAUGGAGGUAACGUAUCCGAGUAGAUGCUAGGCUGUGGGGUCCAUAUGGCCGGCGAAAAUCGACUAUUUACACUAAUAACGAAUCUCAUUGUAUAGAUGACGACUGAUGGCAGACUGCAGUUGUUACUGAAAUUAAAGACGCAAAAGUAUCAACAUUGUUUCUACUAAAAUUGCGCUUGUUUAAAAAAGAACAAGGCAUAGAAACACAGUGAAUAUGUGGGGUCUGCGCGACUGUUCGAUUUCGUUUAACCUGUUUUGGACGACUGACACUUUGAGAAACGGCUGCAUGCAACAAGUAUUGUAAGUAGACGUUGAAAUACCUCGAAUUACGUUAACCAUGUCCUUGAUAAGGCAGUCUUUUAACUAGAGCUUACGGAUAUGUUGUGGCAAACAAUGAACUGGAUAACAGGUCGAUACGUCACCAAAUCUGGUUGAAUUUAUCUUCUACUGCUAAUUUCACCACCGGUACACAUUUCGACCCGUAUCUUUGCUUCCUUGGGUUGACAUAUGCUUUGCUUGAAUCAGAAUGUCAAAUUGAUCUCCAACGUCCUUGGCCUUGUUAAGGCGGCAUAGAAAAAGAGGACAAAGGAGAAUGAAGCCACCGUCCUGUUCGCCUCAGCAAAAACACUUUAUCUAACAAGUUAACUUUCGUUGAUAUCUAUGACAGUAUAUUGUCUUUUGGGACGUCACCGUCGUGCUUGUCACUUCGUGGCUUUCAUUAAAGCAAGUGCAUUAUUAAAGCAUUUAAUUUGUGAUGUUUGCUCAGAUACGAAAUCAAAGCAAUUUUUUUAUUGCACAGAUGCAUGAAGAAAGGAUAAUUUAUAUGUUAUGUCGAAUCCAGCACCGAUGCCACAUCCAACGUAGGCUAAUGCCCUGACACAGGAUCAGGUUUGCUCGGAGAUCAGGUAAUCAGUAGAUAUGCUUCACUAGCUGAUGAUGUUUUGUGUCUAUAGUACAUUAUCUGGAUCACGGGUGGUUGUCACUUGCUGUGUCUAUGGAGUUACACUUUGAAUAUAUGAUACAAAUAAAACACCAUUCGAUAAUGAAUCGAAAGAUGCAGUUUUGUAAUAAAGAUUUCAGAAUUAAUAUGUUGCCAUAGAUUAUGUGUUUUAGUCUUCUUCAUUACGUGUCGGAUAGGACUGCUGGGUACUGUAUACGAGUGACAACUUGUAGCGACUCCUGAACUUGAAUUCAGUUAAUACUUAGAGCAACAUGAAAGUUUACAGCGACUUUUUUUCACAAGGGAAGUAAUUUUUCGAGAGGCGUUAGAUGAGGCAGUCCACAGAUGAGAGAUUGAGAACGUGAUCGCAAUAAUAACGUCACAAAAAACUACAGAAAAAAAUGACGUCGGUUUUCAAUUGUACUUUGCGCUGGUAGGAGCAACGACCGGGGUUCUCGAGGUGACAUCCUCAAUAUCGUUUACGAUACUUCGAUGGAGAACGUCAGUUGCAAAGGCUUGUAGAGCAGCCGUAACUGAGCUUCCGGUAGACACCGUUUCCGGGCGUCUUCGAAAGAUUCUUCCCAGUAUCUAAAUGUUUGGCUCUCGAUUGGCACAGAACGGCUUUGUUGCAGUACACGAGUGGCGAAGUCAAUUUGGGCCUCACGACCGUAAAGCCGCAAACUGGAAGAGGGCCCUCCAUUGACACUGGGCCCGGAGGCGAUGGAGCCUGGCGCAGGAGAGCCCCAGGAGCGGCCAGGACGGGCCGAAGAGCUGCGCGUCCAGCUUGAGCACGGGUAUACAGCCACCAGCCUUUCAGGCCUCGGUGCUCAACAGUCAGGUCAACAAUCUCAGCAGCAGCCGCCUGGCACAUCGCAGCAGCUACAGACGUCGCCCCGACAGCACCAAAAACAACAGCAGGAGCAACAAUAUAUUGAGUGCCACCGGAUUCGGCUACAACAGACCCAGCAAGGGCAACAGGUUGUUCAAGCAACAUCGCUCACCGGCAGCAUUGCAAGUAGUGUCGCAUCAACUAACGUUACUGAAAACGUUCUAAUCAACGUGAACGCGAUCAGCAGCAGCGGCAGUAGUAGCAGCACGAUCAACGUUAGCAAUAAUAACAAUAAUACGAAUAACAAUAUUAACAACAAGAGCAACACCAAUAAUAAUAAUAAUAACAAUAAUAAUAUUGCCGCGGUCACUACUGCUAGUUCGAUCGCAGCCACCGCCCUGUGUAGAAGUGGUACGAGCGAUGUCGGAGCACAAUUGGAGCACCUCGGAAAUGGCGGUAACGGAGCUGACGGAAGUACAGAACGUGAGCAGGUGUUCGUGCUCGAAGGCUACCUACAACUAGAGGAUCUGACCCCCAGCGAUGAUCGGUUGGUUCAAUCUGAGCAGAGUCAAACAUUAACGACCGUUACCUCGGCGUCUGAUCUGCUCCAGAGUGGUGCAGUGUCGACGGCUUCGGUAACAGUGGCGGCAGCAGCAGCGUCAACAGCUACAGCUCCUACAACACACAACAAGGGCUUUCAAGGUCGCCUGCCAAAUGCAGUGGUGCUCAAAACCGGCGUAGUUAGUCAACAGCAAAAUGUGGCGACAACAACAACACCGACAAUAACAGCAACAACAACAUCGGCAGCACCAGCAGCAGCCGUAACAACAACUGCAACGACAUUAACGGUGGGCGUUAACGACGAUAAGACGACCACAACAACGAUCGGAGGGAUUCGACACGUCAAGCUGCAGACAACCGGCAAAGAGCGACUGUGCAUCGGCGAAACAGGCCAACUGCAACAGAUUCAGCAGCAGCAGCAGCAGCAGCAACAACAGCAGCAGCAGCAGCAGCAGGUGUCACAACAACAACAACAGGUGCAAUUACAACAGAAAACGCAGUCGGCGACAGCUGCGUCAGCAAUGAUAUCAGAUAGUGGUCUUAAGACGGUGAAUCUGCAGAUCCGGCAAGACGCUGGCGUGAAGGAGGCUGCCACAGCUGCAGGUGCACCUAUUGUGGUCAAGGGGACCACGAUCGGAUGCCUGCUUGCUCCUGGCACCAAUCUCGUACACUUUAAACCAGAUCUAACGGCGGCCACCGUCCGACGCGAAGUAAAGACCGGCCCUCCGGAGUCAACCGUCGCGAGUCUGAUCAAGACGAAUCAAUUAGUGAUUCAGGCUGGUGGGGGGAUGUCGACCGUUUCAACGCUAUCGGCCGCGGCCACGUCCGUUGUAACAACCGAGACAAAGUCGCGGCCAGCAGACGCUCUUCGCUGCGCCGUUUGCAGCAAACAGUUUUCCACAACAUCGGCGCUCACUAAACACAAACUCACACAUUCGAACGAACGAAAGUUCGUCUGCCAACUCUGCUCAAAGGCGUUUAAGCGACAAGAUCACUUAAAUGGCCACAUGUUGACUCAUCGAGACAAAAAGCCGUUUGCCUGUGAUACAGACGGGUGCGAUAAGUCGUAUUGUGAUGCACGUUCACUACGACGUCACAAGGAUCAUCAUCAUCACCAGCUACAACAAGCUGCAGUUUCCGGUGCACCAGGGACCUUUCCCAGUACGUCCUUAGGGCACUCCACGCUGCGGGAUGAUAAGGACUCGCGAGACGACAGCUCAUCAGGACUCAGUUCAGUAACCACUGUAGGGGGCGUAUGUGGAAACGGUACGGGAGCAGGUGGCGGUGGUAGCGUACUUUUAGAUCUCCUUCAAGGAGGUGACGCAGGAGAUCGCAGAGAAAACAAAAGCGAUCGGGAUGAACGAGUGGAAUGUGCACUUUGCGAGCGCUCGUUCAAAAACGUAGCAGCGCUCAAUGGUCACAUGCGAUUGCACGGAGGGUACGUCAAGAAGGGUGAUGACACUCCGAUGGGGUCGACCAACACAUUAGGAACACCAACUGCGACGGCGAAUUCAGGAAGUGGCCAGACGCAGAUACUUAUACAGAAAUCGUUUGUCAAAAGCGCCGACAGCUGCGCCACCGUUCCGGCUUCGCUAUCCAAUGGUCAAGUGAUUCGAGCGCUGCUAGGCGAAGUCAUAUCGCAGAGAUGUCGAAUGAAGCAAAAUGGUCAAAGCGCUGGCCAUACAAUACCAUUACUUCAAGAAGAGAAGCGUACUCCUCUCACUGAGGUCUUUGCAUCUAUACAACAACAGCAUCAUCAACAACAACAGCAGCAGCUGCAGCUGCAACAACAACAACAACAACAACAACAACAACAACAACAGCAACAGCAGCAGCAGCAGCAGCAGCAGCAGCAGCAACAACUUCCUGAGACACGUGCCGACACCCAGCUCAACAGUGUAACCCAAUUCAAUAAUAAUAAUAACAAUAAUAAUGCCAGCAGUAAUAACAACAAUACCACGAGUAGCAACAACAACAACAACAGUUCCGAAGCGCACAACGGAAACGGUGGCGUGGGUGGAGUUCAUCAGGUUUCGUUAACCAGAUCUCCGCUAUACGGAAAUCACAUACAAAAUCAUCGGAGGCACUCUGACAGCGACUUCCUGGCGGUGAAGGGUCGCCGCGAGUGCCGCCUCGCAUCUGAUCCUGGAUAUACAUUGGAGCCGCUUUUCGCGGAUUUGGGUACGUUAUCGGCCCAUCGAGAAGAAGACGAGGAUUUCGGCGCGUUUCUUGAAGAGAACCCCGAAUUUUUUGUCGACUUUGGGGAUGAUCCCUUCGAAGACGUGCCAUCCACUUCGGUUGAGGAGCAUGAACAUAACAAUAGUGCAUCGUUCGUCUUUGAUACGAAGGUUCAUCAAGACGAAUGUCCGCCUCGUGUUGAUCCUGUUGACGAUGCCGCAGCCCAAUUUAGCGACGUUCACGACACCAAAACCCAUGCCGAACCCUCCGUAACAUCUGUGCCGCAAAUUGUGUCAAUAGCAGAUCCCCCUGAACCCAGCAACCGUUCUGACGACGUCAGCCCCGAACCGCCGGCUCCGGAAGAUCUUCUUCUCUGUAAAGCUAUUGACUUCGAUGUGGUCGCCAGCGAUGUGCAAAAAAGCGUCGAAAGCGUUGUUGUCGUCGACGACAAUAAUCUCGUCGUCAAGCCAAACAGUAUAGUCCUCGUCCAGAACAUGAAGAGUGAACCGAUCAAUCUGGAAUCAGAGAAUAAACUGGCGGUUAUUGAUUCAGCGGUGGUCGGAGCGGCCCCCAACGCUAACGGUACGACGUCCGGCGAACCCGACGAAGGCGAUUUAGCUCCACAAGAAAGCGCAUCGGAGCCGCCGCCCAUCAAAAAGCUCAAACCGAAGCCAUCACCGCUUUGUAUCACACAAACACAGCUGAGUGGAACGGCAGCUGCUCUGAAUAGCCCAACACCUUACCAGUCAUUAUUGCGUUCCCCACUGCUGGCGACGGCACCUUACUCCCCGCCGCCGUACACGCCGCCACCAAUGUUAUCUCCGUGUCGAAAAGCGACCGGUCUCUUCUCGAGCAUAGACCACCUCAACAAAACUGGUUGGUCUUUUGGACCACCCGUCGAAUCAAUCGCAUCGGAUGUCGUACCGCACGUCAAUAUCGGGCCACAAUAUCAGGCAGCAAUUCCGAAUUCUUCCUUGCCAUCAUCCGGAAACGCUCAAAUAGCACCUGUAGCUACCGCCGAGGCGCCACGGCUUUCAGCAUCCGAGGUUCUAAAGUGUGAGGCUUCAACGUCCAGCCAAGUGAUCGAAGAUAGCGCUGCUGAUGGUGCGGACCUGCUUUGGAAGCCCGAAUUUGCCCAGCACAUCAGCGACGCUCAGCUUGAUCAAUACAUCUCUGUGGCGUGCAGCAGUCUCGUGCCGUGUGGUGGCGGUGGACGAAACCAUGAGUUAGCUUACCAUAUAUUAGGUCUAUGUCAUGGGGACCUAGACGCCGCAGUUCAGCUGUUUUUGCGUUGCAGAAGAGGUUUCGCAUUGCCCGCAUUUCAUCCGUUACUCACAUAUAAGUAUCAAGAAAGUGAAUCCUGGAGCACAAAGCAAUUGGAUGCCUUCCAGAAUGCUCUAAUCGCUCAUGACAAGGAUUUUGGCCUCAUCGCUGAAAAAGUUACUGGAAAGGAUGUCAAGGCUUGUAUAGAGAUGUACUACUUCUGGAAAAAGGUGUGUCCAGAAGAGUACCGUCGAUUACGACAGGGUCGCAAACGAAAAAGCACUGUAUUGCCGGAAGCAGUCGAACGCUGCGAAAGCUGCACUCGUUGCAGUUGUAAAGGCACCGGCUGUGCUAUUUGUGGAGAUUGUUGCGGUCAAGGCCGAGGACUCGCUGGCGAUGACAAAGGUCUUCAGGCGUCGCACUAUUUCCCCUGCAAAGUUUGCGGACGAGUGUUCGAAAAAGUGAAAAGCCGCAACGCACACAUGAAGCGUCAUAGUUCGCCGAGCAGACAGGGCGCUCAAUGGCCUCCUGGAGCAGCUUCGGGGACCGUCGCCUCCGAAGGGUCGAACUAUACCUCAUUCACUUUCUAGCACAAUAAGAAGUAUACAAUAAC